CUGAGAGCGCCCUUACACAAUCUCCGCUGCCAAAACAGACCCUGCUCAUCCCAUCUAGAUGGUCUUCUCUCGAGGGCUUGAGACUCUCGAACGGUCCAGACUCUACCACAGUUUCCUUUUUCUGUGGCUCAUCUCCCUUGUGAUUUUGAAUUCUGCUUUAAACACGAGCUUAAAUACCGCAGGUGUAAAGAUUAAGGGUCAGCCUCCUCCCGGGGCUGCCAUAGUUUUCCAGAGGAUCCCAUCCCUCCCCCACUUUUAGGCAGAUCUGCAGUAAGCAAAAGGGAAAGCAGCGUCCCUCUUCCCUCAGCAUCCGGUUAUCACAGAAUGCCAGAGCUGGAACCCUCAGAGCUGCCGCAGCUAAACCGAAGCCCCCAUUUUAAAGCGAAGCCAAGAGGGACACGGUGCCUUUUCCAGCUCCCUCCAUGAUCUGCCAAUAACUACGGGCGUCCCUGCCCCGAGAAGAAACAGUGAAGAGGGGAUGAGGCAGCGCUGAAGCACGGAGCGUCGACCCAGACCCUGGCUGGGAGGCCGGUCAGACCCGGGCCGGGCCUGCCCCUCGGCUUCGCCGGCGGGAGCAGCGGCGGCUCAGGCGCGCCGCGGGCAGCCGCUGGGGCCUUUCCUGCGCCGGCGCCGGGGGCCUCCUCCGCUCUCCCUCGGCGCCGGGAACAUGGCGGCGGCUGGGGCGUGGGUGCUGCUGCGAGGAGCCGUCCGGGAGCUGCUGCGGCUGCCGCUCGCGGGGGCCGCCCCCGGCCCGGAGCGCGGCUUCAGCCUCUCUCACAGUCGGGGCACGGUCAUCGUGGAGCGCUGGUGGAAGGUACCGUUGGCUGGAGACGGCCGGAAGCCGCGCCUGCACCGGCGACACCGCGUCUACAAGCUGGUAGAGGACACGAAACACGGGCCCAAAGGCAACCUGGAGCUCAUCCUCACCCAGUCGGUGGUAGGACUUGGAGUCCGGGGUGACCUGGUCUCAGUGAAGAAACCUUUGGGCCGGAAUCGACUGUUGCCUCAAGGUCUGGCUGUAUAUGCAUCCCCUGAAAACAAGAAACUCUUUGAAGAGGAGAAAUUGCUGAGACAAGAAGGAAAAUUAGAGAGGAUCCAGACCAGGGCGGGUGAGAUGACAGUGACGUUUCUCAAAAGCUGUCACCUGGAGGUGGGGAUGAAAAACAACGUCAAAUGGGAACUAAACCCUGAAAUAGUUGCCCGCCAUUUCUUCAAAAAUCUUGGUGUUGUGGUCGCCCCGCAUGCAUUAAAGUUACCAGAAGAACCCAUUACACAGUGGGGCAAGUACUGGUGUGAGGUGACGUGCGAGGCUGCGUCAGGUGUGCCCACUGCUGCGUCCGGUCGUGUGGCGCUGCUCCAGCUUCCUGAUCAAGAGGAAGAAGAAGACACCCAGCACCCAGCCAGAUAACCGAAGGCUCACAACUCCUUCUGCUACAACAGGCUUGUUUCACCGCAAGACUGUGGGCAUGGGUGGGCACGGGUGGGCACCGAGCUGCUGACCAAAGGCAUGGUGCAGUGGUGGUCAGGAAGCAGAGAUCCGGCCAGCGAAACCCCGCCACCUCCUGCAUGAGGACUGCUGUCAACAAGAAUGCCCGGGCCACCCUCAGUAGCACCAGGCACACGACCCGCAAGAGCAAGUACCGCCCAGAUGUGCACAUGGCUGCCAGAAGCCUGUGCCGGUGAAGAGGGAGCCGCCCCCACCAAGAGCUCCUGAGCACCUGCCCCCACCUCGAAAGCAAUAAAGAUGUCAACCACACCAAUCUAUCAGUAAAAUAUAAAAAAUAAAACAAAA